GUACAGUUAAUUCUGAUGAUGUUCCUUCCAGUAUGCCCAUCGGAGAGGAUGCGUUUCAUUUCUGAUCCAGUGGCACACUCCAGGUUAUUUCUUCUACUUCAACCAGCAUUGUCUAAAAUGUUUUUCAUUUUUGAAAACCUAUUACGUAAAAAUGGCAUCUCCUAAUCAAUGUCCUAUCUAUGGAUCCAGCCUUGCAUUUGUUUGUGAUUAAAAAUAACUGUUUGCUGCUUUUCUCUUUUUCUGGAAUUGGUAUGUUGGUGUAAUCAUGGGUGGGAGUGCAUGGCUGUAUUUAGUACUAUUUAUUCUAGCAAGAUAUAUCUAUGUAGAUCUCUUAGUGAUAAUGUUUGCUGCUCCAUUACACAAAAGAACCUGGUUUUAGCCUUAAAAUGUGGGACAAGCUCAAACAAGUAUUGUCUGCGUAUGUUCUUCCUCGCAUAAGUAAAUUCACAAGUUAAGGUGCAAUCCUGCUCCACUUCAAAGCAUAAAAAAAGAGAUUGAAGAGAUCAUAUAAUCUAGGCAUAAUUUGCAGGAAAUGUGCUGUCAGCAAGGGCUAAUGUGACCCUCUCGUAAGUUAGAAAAAGAUAAUCAAGGCUUGUGAUGCAUGUUUUCUGGAUUUUAAAGUAAAAUAAUCCCACAUUCAAAGAAUCUGGCAGAUUCAGAUUAUCCAAUUGACAGAUCCUGUAAUCUUUCAUAGUACCUGGGAGUGUGCUGGGCCAAUUCUUAAGAAUAAAUCACUUUAUGAAAAAGGUACUUUAAAAAGCUGAACCAUAAUUUUCUAAUAUCACAAAAUGUAGGCAGCUCUUUAGCUGUAAGAUGAUUCAUAUGAGGGGGAGGUUGACUAUAAUGGUUGAAGUCUGUAUUUUUUUUAAUUUGAAUAUAGAGCUAUUGUUGAAGGAGAUUAAAAAACUGAAGAAAGAAAAUGAAAAGUUGUCUACAGAAAGGAGAGCACUAAAAAAUGAAUUAGCUGGAUUAGACAAGGGAUUUUUUACUGAUAUGAAGCCCAACGUGAUCCUUUGAACUAGCCCCUACGGUUUUCACCUGAGAGAGGAGAACUGAGCCACUGGGAGAGAGUCUUAUGCUGGUACUGCAAUGCUGAGUUCUAGCUCGACCACUGUGAAUAAUCUUCCUUUGAAGAAGAGGCUCUGUUUCCUGCUGAAACUUGUGUGCUUUGUCAGCUCAGUGUUAAUAUUUUGUGAAUUUUUAAUUUAUUAUGUGGUAAUUUUUCAAUGUCAAUGGCCAGAAGUGAAAGGUGGAGCUCACAUGAGUAAAAAAGAGACUUCAGCUUCAGUCCUAAAGGCCAUAAUUUUAGCUGAUACUCACCUACUUGGUGAAAUCAAAGGACAUUGGCUGGAUAAGCUAAGAAGGGAAUGGCAAAUGGAGAGAUCUUUCCAAACUGCGUUAUGGUUACUGCAACCAGAUAUUGUUUUUAUUCUGGGAGAUGUCUUUGAUGAAGGAAAAUGGAGCUUACCUCAGGCAUGGGCAGAUGAUGUCAGGAGAUUUCGGAAAAUGUUUAAGUAUCCAGUUUCUACUGAGCUCGUGGUUAUUGUGGGGAAUCAUGACAUUGGAUUUCAUUAUGAAAUGACCACUUACAAGGUAAAUCGAUUUGAAAAGGUUUUCAACUUUACUUCAGGAAAGCUAAUAACGCGGAAAGGAAUAAACUUUGUCCUAGUAAACAGCGUAGCCAUGGAAGGUGAUGGCUGUGCUGUCUGCCGUACCUCAGAGGCAAAGCUUGUGGCGCUUUCUCACAAACUGAACUGCUCCCAGCAGAAACCAAAUCAUUCCAACAAAAGGUGCAGUGAUGUGGAAAAGCUUCCAGCUUCAGAACCCAUCCUUUUACAGCAUUACCCUCUCUAUCGGAAAAGUGAUGCUGAAUGCAGUGGAGAAGAUUCUGCUCCUCCAGCAGAGAAGAACAUCCCAUUUAAAGAGAAGUAUGACGUACUGUCUCAGGAAGCAUCACAAAAGCUGAUAUGGUGGUUUCAUCCCCGUUUGAUUCUCAGUGGGCAUACACAUAGUGCUUGUGAAGUGCUGCACGCAGGGAAAAUUCCAGAAAUCAGUGUCCCGUCAUUCAGUUGGAGGAAUAGAAACAAUCCUAGUUUCAUCAUGGGCAGCAUAACACCAACUGACUUCUCCCUCCAAAAAUGCUUCCUUCCCUAUGAGAGCAGAGUCUUUACUAUAUACUGUGCAGCAGGUGCUCUGCUUGUAAUCCUGAUACUAGCUCAUUGUCAGCUUCUCACUCCACCAUUUUAUUUUGCUCAGCGUUUAAUCAGUAAGCAUAAAGCAGUAUGAAGAGCCAGACAUCUGCAUUCAGUCACUGAAAUACCAAAGCUGAGAACAGUCAAACAUCAGACUAUAUUCAUGCCAGCAAAUGACCUAAUUUGAUUGCUAGUCUGAAGGCAGGUUGCAUUUACACAUACCAUAGAAGUCCUAUACAGCUGAUAUGACUACUACAGGAUAAAUAAUUAACUGAAAUGAACGUUUCAUGCUGUACAAAAAUACUGUAUUCUACAAUCAAAUGAGUCCUUUUCCUGCUAUAAUUUUUGUAUCAAAUAUGUAUAUUAAAAGUGUAACUGUACAUUA